UAAAAGGAAGUUUGUCUGUCCCAAUGUCACUUUCAGUCACAAACACCACCAGACAAUUGCUUGUUAGCCAUCUCUCUCGCUCCAGCAGAAGCAGCAGAAGGUUAAACUGAAGGACGUCAGCAGAGGACUGAGAAUGGCAGUUUGCACUGAAAAGACUCUGUGGAGCUUCAUGUUCCUCCUGACAGGUGCUGUGGGUCAAACUGUGAUCUAUCCUUUCACGUCUACCUGUGCUGUCAGAGGGUCCACUGUCACCCUCCCCUGCACCUUCACACCUCUGAAGUCUUUCAGUGAUGGUCAGAGAGAAGUUCUUCUAAAGAUCGUCAGAGUCCGCUGGUGUAAGAACCAUUCGGUCUGUCAGGGCACCACUCCAUCUGUGUAUGACAGUGACUCAGCAAACAUCGAUCCUCGUUAUCAAUAUCUGGGAGACAAGAAGACAAACUGCACUUUACAGAUCAGAGAUGUUCAGCAGAGAGACAACGCAAGCUUUCGCUUCAGGAUGGAAGCUGAUCAUCCUAAAGGACAUUUUACUAACCAGACAGGAGUGACUGUCACGGUUGUUGAUUCGUCUAAAAUGAGAAUAAUCAGCUCCAGUGAUGAUAAAACGGUGAGCAGAGGUGAAACCGUCACACUGCUCUGUGCUUCAGUCUGCACUUUCCACCAACUGGAGGUCACGUGGUUCAAAGAUGGCCACGCCCUCUCAGACACUGGCUCCUCUCUUGAGCUCGACAAUGUGACUGCAGAGGAUUCUGGGAACUACACCUGUGCUCUGAAGAGCAUCAUGGAGACUCUCUCUGAGCCGUACAGCCUGCAGGUGGAGGCGGAGGAACGACAGCCUGUUGAUGGUAACCUGCCUCUGAUAGUCGGCGUGGUGUCGGGUGUCCUGCUGGCUGUCAUCGCAUUCAUACUCUUCAUCUUCAUCAUCAGAAGGAAGCUGGCAGCAGCAGAGGAUCAGAGGGCUGUGGGAGGUGAUCCAGAGCAGAAGCUGGUGGAAACCUUCCUCCGAUACCUGGUGUGGUGUUUGUUGUCCUGCUGGUUGUGA